AUGCAGCUUCAAUCAUUCUUCGCUGUCGGCCUGGUUGCCGUUACUGGUGUGAACUCUCUCGGACUCAGCCUCUCCGGCGUAGCCCUCACCAUGGCUCCCGUUCUCGCCCGGGCGGCGGUUGCCGACUUGCCCGAUAUUGUCAUCAAGAGACAAGAGCUCUCCAACGCGGACCUGGUAGCGGCCGAUCUGGAGGAGGCAGGCGAUCUUGAGAGGCGCGUUUCCACUGAGCCUGAGGAUGAGGAGGAGCCCGUGGAAGUUGUCGCGAAGAGAGGCGAGCAGGCCGCCGAGGAGUUCUUUGCGGAGGAUUUGGGCAGUGAUGCGGAUGAGUAA